AUGACCGAAUCAAAGCUUUUCAAGCCCUUGAGAGUUGGAAACUCGCUCCUCGACCAUCGAAUCGUGAUGGCACCUCUCACACGUUUUCGUGCGGAUGAUGAUCAUGUCCAGCUACCAUUGGCAGUAGAAUAUUAUUCGCAGCGCGCUUCGGUUCCCGGCACUUUAAUCAUAGCGGAAGCAACGCUGAUAUCCGGACUUCACAGUGGAUUCCCAAAUGCUCCUGGGCUAUGGACGGAUGCUCAAAUGGAGGGUUGGAAAAGAAUCACUGAUGCUGUCCAUGGAAUAAAAUGCACCAUCUUCUGCCAACUCAUCGCUCCUGGCCGCGCAGCAGUUUUGAAUUCGUCGGGAGGGGGAGAGCUCAAACUCUUAAGUUCAAGUGCCACCCCAAUGAAUGAGGAAAAGGAUUGCGCUGUUCCACACGAGAUGACACAUGAGCAAAUAAUAUCUUGCAUUGCUGACUUCAAGCAAGCGGCAAAGAAUGCAAUUCAGGCUGGGUUUGAUGGCGUUGAGAUUCAUGGUGCGAAUGGAUAUCUUAUUGAUCAGUUCCUCCAAGACAAUUGCAACAAGAGGCACGAUAUCUGGGGUGGCAGCAUUGAAAAUAGAGCAAGAUUUGCACUUGAAGUUACAUCCGCAGUUGUGGAUGCGAUUGGUGCAGACAAGGUCGGAUUUCGAAUCAGUCCUUUCAGCCUCUUCCAAGGAAUGAGAAUGAUAGAUCCAAUUCCGCAGUUCUCUUUUCUUUCCGAGCAGUUGAAACGACAUCGAUUGGCGUAUCUGCAUAUUAUUGAGUCGCGUGUUAAUAAUAAUGUGGAUAUCGAAUGCACGGAUAGCAUCAAGUUCCUAUUGGACAUAUGGCAAAAUACUUCACCUACUUUUGUGGCUGGUGGCUAUACUCCAGAAAACGCACUCAAGGCUGUCAAUGGAGAUUACCGAGAUUAUGAAGUUGCCGUUGUUUUUGGUCGUCAUUUUCUAGCGAACCCAGAUCUGCCAUACCGAAUAAAAGAGGGACUGCCACUGAACAAAUACGACCGUGCGAGCUUCUACACUCCCCUUUUUCCUCAAGGCUACAUUGAUUAUCCGUUCACUUCAGGUUUUGUUUCCGGCAAAUCUCUCGGUGGGGAAAGCGCUGCUUUGGGCAUUACGCCAGAGUGA